AUCUUAAUUAUUUCAUUACAGCCGCCACAUGUCUGGCCCUACAGUUUGAGCAGCACUGGGUUCUAAGCACCUCGCGUGUGAGCAGAGUGAGAGAACCAUCAUGCAACAGACUCAACGAAGGCCUCUCAGCGACAUGUCCCAGGCAAACGGAUUCCAACAGCAGAAGGCCCAAGCCAGCCGACCAAUCAAAUAGAUUGCCCAUAAAAAAUUAAAUAAAUUUUAACAGAACCAUCAACUAAACACGAAACAAAAGCCGAAAAGAAGACACUCUUUGAAGUGCGAAAAAAAGGAGGAAAGAAAAAAAAGUUAAAAGAACUUUUCCCCCAAAAGGCUGUUUUGGGAGAGAAGGUUCUGUCCGAGUGAGAUAGAAAAGCCGCCAAAAUUACGACGUACCACCCACCCACACCUAAAGUCAAACAGAACCCGGCCAAUACGGACACCAUGUCCGGGCCGGGGGCGUUUGACGAUGAGCCGCCGCCGGAGCCCCGAGACGGCUGGCUACUGGUGCGCAUCCAUGUACCAGAGCUGAAUGUCUACAAAUGCCUGCAGUUCCCAUCGGAGCGGCUCGUCUGGGAUGUCAAACAGCAGGUGCUCGCCUCGCUGCCAAAGGUGGCCUUUUGGUUUAAGGAACUGAAGGAGAGCUUCAACUAUGGCCUGUUCGCCCCACCUGCUAAUGGCAAGGCGGGAAAAUUCCUCGAUGAAGAACGCCGCCUGGGCGAUUAUCCCUUCAACGGACCCGUGGGAUAUUUGGAGCUCAAAUACAAGAGACGCGUGUACAAAAUGCUGACUCUGGAUGAACGCCAACUGAAGGCUCUGCACACACGGGCCAAUCUGAGGCGUUUCCUGGAGUGCAUAAAUGGCGGGCAUGUGGAGAAGAUAGCCAAGAUGUGUGCCAAGGGCUUGGAUCCAAAUUUCCAUUGCUCAGAGAGUGGAGAUACUCCCCUGACAGUGGCCACCGGAGCCAAGAAGCCAAAUAAGCUGCUCAUAGCUCUGGUCAAUGGAGGUGCCUUGUUGGAUUACAGGACCAAGGAUGGAACCACAGCCCUGCAUCGCGCUGUGGAGCACGAUUCCCUGGAGGCGGUCAGCACCCUCCUUGAACUGGGCGCCUCGCCAAACUACCGCGAUGGGCGUGGCAUCACACCUUUGUACAUCUCCAUAACCAGAAAGUGUGAGGCCAAGAUCACAGAGAGUCUGUUGCAUGACCAUGCCACACUGGGAAUCCAGGACAGCCAGGGCUGGAACGAGGUUCAUCAGGCCUGUCGGCAUGGCCUGGUACAGCACCUGGAACACCUGCUGUUCUACGGUGCUGACAUGGACGGCCGCAAUGCGUCCGGCAAUAGUCCGCUGCAUGUGUGCGCUGUUAACAACCAAGAGGCUUGUGCUAGAAUGCUUCUCUUUCGCGGCGCCCAGCGCGGCGCCCAGAACUUUGCCAACCAAACUCCCUACCAGGUGGCUGUCAUAGCCGGCAACCUGGAGCUGGCUGAAAUCAUUGAGAACUACAAAUCAGAGGAUAUAGUUCCCUUCCGCGGACCGCCGCGCUACAAUCCAAAACGUCGCUCGGGCAUCGGAUGGUUGAGCGCCAACGGAGCCGCCGGUGCAGCUCUGCUGGCAGCGGCUGGAGGUGGUUUCGGUGGUGCAAUGGUCGGCACGAAUGGCACUGCCAACGGAAAUAACGGGGCUGGCGGUGUUGGUCUGAUGUUGAGCCAACAUCAGAACCACCAGCAGCACCAACACCAUGCCGGACAUCAUCAGCAACAACAACAACAACAACAGCAUAUGCACCACCAGCAGCACCACCAGAAUCACCACCAGCAACUGCAGCAGCAGCAGUUGCCCCACCUGCAUACACUGCAGCUCCAUGGCCCGCCAUCGCCCUGCCCCUCAGAGCAUAUGCUGGGAGCCUAUAGCUCAGCCAGUUCCAGCCUAUCCGAGGGCUCCUCCGGCCAUCGAUCCCACGAGGAUGACAUCAGCAUUGUGACAGACAAAUCCCUGGGCGACACCAGCGACAUAAUCAGCGACUCGUCGGGCGUGGGAACCAACUCGGACUCGGCAGCCUGUUCCAUUGGGCAUCCCAGCACCACGGUUGUGUGCAUGGAACCAUAUGCUGGCAAUACUGUGGGUCAUAUACGCCUCCAGCCUGGCGAUGUCAUCGAGGUGGUGGGCAGCACCGACUGUGGAUUGCUCGAGGGCUAUGUGCGGGGAACCAAUCAGUCCGGCUUCUUUCCGGCCGACUGCGUCCAGGAGGUGAGUCUGCGCCAGAAGCACAUCACCAAUGUGAUGACCGCCAGCACGGGCAUGGCUCCCCAGCAGCAGCAGCAGCAACAACAGCAUCUGCAGCAAGCCCCAGCAUCCUCCGCCGCCUCCUAUCAGGGAUCACCACAAUUGAGCUUGGGUGGACAUUCGGGUAGCUCCAGCACUUUGCUCCAGCAGCCCCAUCAGUCGCCAUCGCUGUCGGUGGCCAGCAAUGGAUCCUGCCAACAGCCAGGGGAGAGCAAUGGCGGAGGAGCAUCCGGCAAUGGGAUGAACAGCAGGAACAACAACCACUCCGUGGGACAAUACAGCAGUGCCACUGCCCCGCGCAUCAAAAAGAGCGCCUACAACGCCCCACGUUCGGUGGUCCUGCACCGGGCCAAGCGAGGAUUCGGCUUCAUCCUGCGCGGUGCCAAGGCCAGUUCUCAGCUAAUGCAGCUGCGUCCCUCGGAGCGCUUCCCGGCUCUUCAAUACCUAGACGAUGUGGAUCCCGGUGGUGUGGCCGACAUGGCAGGACUCCGUCCUGGUGACUUCCUGCUGACCAUCAAUGGCGAGGACGUCAGCUCCGCCUCCCACGAGCAGGUGGUCGAGAUGAUCCGCUCCGCGGGCGCUCUGGUCAACUUGACGGUUGUCUCGCCACAGUUUCCCCACCAGAUGCAGGCCAGUGCCCAGUAUUUGCCCAGUGGAGCACGAGCUGGCAGCCAGCAUCUAAACAGUGGACCAAGUACUCCUCAGAGUUCCCAUCGUCAGUGCGCCACUCUGCCCAGGAAGAUGACGGGUCCGGGAGGAAGUGGUGCUUCCUCCUCCGGGGGCAGUGUACGUAUGGCUCCGAUGCCACCACGCCGAGAUCCCAAGACUACUUUGAGCGUGGGCAGAGCCAGAGCCAAGUCCAUGGUGGCUGGUCUGGAGAACGGAGGCGAGAAGGAGGACGAAUUGCCGCACACCAAAUCCAACUCCGUGGAGUCCAUAGCCACACCAGCUGUUGUUGGUAACCAAACGGGACCUGGAACACCCGUUCAGCUGCGCACGGCCAGCAUCAAGGCGCGACCCACGUCCAGCAGGAUCACAGCUGCAGAGUUGGAGGAACUCUUCCAGCGGCAGCAGGGCGAGGGCAGUGCAGCGAAUGCCAGUCGCUAUGCCACCAUGAUGACCAGCUCCCGUUUCCAGUCGGGCACGGACAGUGGUGCAGCCACUCCGCCCGCCGCCAAUGGUUCGCCCAUGAGAAGCGGCCCCUUGGUCUACGGCAGUGUGGCUGAGAUGAAGCGCAAGGCGGCAAGGAGCAAGCAUGGCAGCGGCACCUUGCGUGGAAAACCCGUUGCCACGCCCACAGUGGGAGCUGGCGGAGCAGGAGGCGGUCGUGACCUCAAGCGGUUCCAUUCCACACCUGAUUUGCAUGGUCCGCAGCUUCACGGAUCUGCCUCAUCCAUUUGGCAGGCGGCUGGCAAGGGUCACCACUCGCAGGACGAUGUGGCCACGCUGCAUGCCUCGCUCCAACGCUUGAACUCCAAUCAGGCAGAAUUGAAACUAGGAGGAGGAACACCUGGAGGAGCGGUACUUCCACCGCCCAACCACCCACCACCACCUCCGCCCGUGGGCCAAGUAGUCAAAGUGGAAACACGCAGCAGUGUCUCGGAGUAUGAGAGCACCAUCUCCUUGCAACAGAAGCUGAAGAAGCGGGCCGAGAACGAUGCCGUUACCAGUGCCGCCAUCGAUGGCGUCCAGAGCAGCUUCAAUCCCUCGGCAAAUGCCAAGAUCUAUGCCUCGCCCCAGGAGCUGCGUAACGUUAUGGCCUGGAAGUUGCGCCAGGCGCAGGAGAAGCCAACGCAGGAAACUUCUGCUGGCUCCCAGCAACCAGUCAGUCAAUAUGCUGCUCCCACCCAAAUGCGUCCACCGCAACAACAACAACAGCAGCAGCAACAACAGCAACCCCAGCAGACACCCACAGUGCUGGCCUCCCACUAUGCCGCACCUCAGGUCCAGGUGCAAGUACAACAGGUGCCGCAGCAGCAACCACAGCAGCCUGCACCUCAAUCCCCGCCAGCACCACCGCUGCCACAGUCAGCACCAGUGCCGGCACAAAAUGGCAACGGAAACGGCAACGCAAGUGGAGCCGGAAAUGCUCCUCCGAUUCCCGAACCGGACUACAGCUGCAGCGAGUCGGAUGGCGAGGAUGAGAACUCCAUUCUGGUGGCACGCAACACCAAGCUUAACGAGAAGAUUGCGCUGUUCGAUGUCCCAGAGACAAGUGGAAAUAGUCAGGCUAGUGGAAGCAGUUCCAAUUCGGGCAGUGCCUCCAUUUCGCAUUCCCUUUCCGUGGAGGAGAUCCAGCGUAUUCGCAGCAAUCUCAAAACAUCAAAGUCAUCGCCCAACGGCUUCGCCAAGAAACCAGAGGAGGAGAAACCACAAGAGCAACAGCAAUCCCACCAGCAACCGCAACAGCAAUUGCAACCAGGCGAAGAUGAGUGCGACAACAGCAGCUCCGGAGUGAGUAGCGAACAGGAACAGAUGGCAUUGGCUGCAGGAGGAGUUACACUGCCAGUAGGUGGUAAACCCACCGAUACCAUCAAGAAGAAACCUUCGGUGACCAUUGUGGAGGAGCCCAAGACCAUUCCCGAUCAGCCCAUCAGCAGCAACACAAGCCACACCACCAAGCCCAUGGCUAAGACCACUAUUAGCAUAGGCGGCGGAGGGGCAAGUGUAGUACCCACAGCUACCCUGACAGUGAAACAACUUGUGCAACAGCAACAUGCACCAGCUAUCCAACAGCAGCAGCAGCAACUGGGCAGCAAGCAACCAGUGACAGUCGCCAACAGCAACAAGUUUACGCAGCAGAGCAACAUCAACAGCAAUGUGAUGAGUCCUCAGGUCCUAGGACGCAUUCCCAACGUGCAUCAUCAUCAGCAGCAGCAACAGUCGUCGAAUCCCAAUCAGAAGCUGAUCGCCACUCAGCAACAGAUACUGCAGCAGCAGCAACAGCAGCUGGCUCACCAGCAACAUCUGCAACAGAUCCUCAAGGCGAAGGCUGCAGCAGCCGGUGGAGCUAGCAAUACUGCCGCCCUGGUGGCCAAGCAUCAGCAGAAGCUGCACAAGGGCACUAGCAGUGGCCACGAAUCGGAAAUGGAGACCCGUUCCGAUUUGGAAGAUGAUGACGGAGAUCUAAGUCCCUCGCCCCCGGCCAAGGCUUUCCAGCGUCACAAUUCGUUGACGCGCAAACAGGCGGCAGCAAUUGCCAUGCAAAGGGGGGCCACAAGGACCACGGCGGUAUCCCUGAUGCAGCUACCGCCACCACUCGAAGCGGACAGCGAUGGAGAGCCGUCGCAGUUGACGCUCCAGCGUCAACAGGCCCAUCACCCGUCACAGACCCACCCACACUCUCACCCACACCAGCUGCAGCAACUUCAGCAGCAACAACUGCAACAGCAGCAGCAGCAACAGCCAAUGGCCGCCCAUAUUGUGGGCAUGCUGCCCAGCGGACAGCUGGUGGCUGUUGCCUCUGGCGCUGUUGCUGGCGUUCCGGGCGUUGGGGCGGCUGCGGUGCAGCCGGGCAACAACAAUCUGCAGCAGCUGUGCACCGAUAAUCUGGUGUUGGCGCCACCGCCGCAGUUCUGCGAUUGCAACGAUGCCAAGCACGCGCCGCAGCCGCAUCUGCCAACUAGCCAAUACCAUCCACAGCAGCAACAGCAACAGCAGCAUCAGCAGCAGCAGCAACAGCAGCAGCAGCAGCAACUGCAACAGCAACUGCAGCAGCAACAAAUGCUGCAGAUGCACCAGCGGCUGUCUGGCGGCGCUGGCGCUGGAGCUGUCGGCACCUUGGGAAGGGUCCGUAUCGUAGGGGCCAUGCCCAAGGCCAAUCACCAUAGGUUGCACUAAACUAAGCCGUGGGGGGUAUCAAAUCAACCGUUUGCCAAAUCGUUAAAUCGUUAGUUAGUGUAAGUCAACCAGUCAUUGCCACUCACAACGAAUAGCUGCAACUGCCUGCAUCGGAGGAAAUGAGUAGCAAAGACCUUUUCAGUUGCAAAUCAAAUUGUUGCCACACAUCUGGUGUAUGGCAAGGGGGCGUGUUCGAACUCCAGUUAACUUGAUUUCGAAAACUUUGAUUACUUUUUAUUAUAUUUAUUGCGUGUGAUAUAAAUUUAUGUAGGCUGCCCGCGAGCAGCAACUAAUCGCUAUUCGUAAUCGAACAGCAAGUAUGUAUGCAAUAUUUUAUGAUUAGUUAACCGAUCCCCUACCGAUGCUACUGCAUUGAAAACAAACUGAAAGGCAGUCUAGAACUCAAUCUUUCAGUUUGCUUUCGAACUGUGUCAAAAGUUUAUGUGGAUUCCAUGCCACAUCCGAUCUUAGUUCGUAAUGUUGAAAGGGCGCCAGAGCCAGAGCCAGCGGCAGCGCCAUGCAAGUUCAUUUAUUCACAGCAUCCAUCCAUUGAUCAUUCGUGUUCGUGUUCGUGUUCGACUAGUGCACAAAACAUUUAAACGACAUUAACAUUACUCUAAUCACAACAACUAGCGUAGGUUUUAUAUGCCUAAUGAAAGCAGGGAGGAGGCAGAGGAAGUUGCACCGAGUAACAAUAAUCUUUGAAUUUGAGCAUUUAGCCGAAUUUCCAGUCAAGUCAAGUCAACUAAACUAAACUAACAAAUACUAAAAUGAUUAAAACGUAUAAUGUUUUUAAAUAAAUAAAAUAUUUAUAAAAGCAAAUAUUUCAAUAGGCGGCAAUUUUAUAAUCGAAAUGCAAAACAAAAAAAUAAUAAGAAAAAUCGAAAUUGAAAACAAAACGUAAAUUUUUGCUAGUAAAAUUUACAGAUUUUUACUUUUAAAAGAUUUUUUGUAUAAUUGUUUUUUUAGAGAAAAACUUUAACUUGCCAGAGUAUUACAGGAGAAGAUUUGAGAUAAAAGAGAGUAACGUAUUGUAUUGAAAGAGGUUCUCAAAUAUUUGCCAGCGCUUAAUGCAAAUAUCGUCAUAGGCAACCCAAAAACUUAUAAAUGCGUUUUCACGAGUAACAAUUAUUAUAACUAAGGCUGAUUUUAUUGCAUAAUACAUACAUACAUACAGAACACAGAAAUCGAAAACAUCAUUCUCGUACACAAACUGAAUGGAAUAAUAAUAAUAAUGAAGAACUCAACUAACCAAGGAAGCGAUUGAUGCAUUUAACAUUGUUUAAACGAAAACUCUUUGAGGUAUUGCAAGAAUUGGAUGGAAAUAUAAUGAAAUCGUUCGAAUUGGCGGGCCGCGCACCUUUAGCACUAGCAUCUAAGUGUUGAAAAGUUAGUAAACCUAAAACUAAACCAUAUACAUAAACAUACGAGUAUAUUAUAUAUUGGAAACUCUAGCAUAUAAUUAGGUUUUAGCACACUUUUUAGUUCUCGCAAUAGUUGCUAAUUAUUUGUAAAUUGUUUUAGUUCCACCACACAAAAAUAUGAUUAGCCAUCAAGCUUGUUAAUUUUUAAGUUCAACUGUCUAGUAAAUCCACAUGGAGUGCUCAGUUAGGUCCAACACACACAUGUCUCGUAUGACUACUUGCAGUUCCCAUUACCACUUAAUGGGUACUCAUAUGCAGUACGUGCCGCUGCAAUCGCGAAUGUUUUGCAAAAGCUAUAUAGAAGGAUUAUUAUUGAAUAUGCCUACACCCCAUGAUAAUGUUAAACGAUAAAAGCACACACCACCCACACAUACACUUUAAAGCAAGUAUUUAAAAUGGAAUAAUAUGGAAAUAUUUAUCUUAAGUCGUAAAAUAUGCAAUUAUGUAUUAUGAACAUGCGUAUGAGAAAUUAAUAAAUAUGAAUGAAAACUA